AUGUUCAGAUAUGCUCAACAAUCUCAAAUUAUGAAAUCAAAAAUACCAAAUCCUUUAGCUCCAAAUAUUAACUCAGGUAUGAAAUUGAACUCUGCAUCUACUAGCCCAGGUAAUGGACCAAUUCCAAUUCCAAUGUCAAUGUCAAUGACUCCUGUUGUUGUUGACAAUAACGAAAUGUAUAAUCAUAACAUGAAUAAUAACAUGAAUAAUAAUCAAAAUCAUAACCAAGGCCAUAAUAACAAUGAAAAUAAUAAAAACAAUGGUAAUCAUUUCCCAGCAUUUACCAGACAACAAUCAGAACCAAAUUUCAAUCGUUCACAUGGUAAUAACCAAAAUCAGAAACAAAAGUUUCGUCCUUAUUCCUCUCGUAGCAAUAACAAUAGUCAACAACAUCUAAAUCAGCAGAAUGUGUCUAUGCCUGCACCAAUGUCAUCCAAUCAUCAACAACAUCCGAAUCAUUUCAUGAAUAAUAAUAAUAACAAUAACAACAACAACAACAACAACAAUAUCAACCAUCAUUCUGGAUCUUCUACUCCUGUUUCAAUUCCUGGAACUCCAAUCUCUGGUUUCUCUACGCCAAAUACAUUAUCUCGUACAAAUACUCGUCAGAGUCAAAAUAACUAUCACCAUAAUCAUUACAAUAUUAAUAACAAUAAUAAUAACAAUAAUAAUAAUCAAAUCACUCCAGAUUCUCCAUGGUACCAAAAAGUCGUUGCAUUCGAAGAAUGCGUCUCACAAACAUUAUACAUGUCACAAACUCCAAGACGUAAAAAUAUAAAACAUCGUUCAGAACAUCCAAAUUCUAACGCAAAUCCAUUGUUUUGGGAUUCUAUAGGUAAAGCUAUGGGGUUAUAUCAUGAUUUAAUUAACACCCCUGAAUUAAACUCUGAUAGAGUCUCUAAAUUGGUUCAUCUUUUACAUAACGGUUUAAGAGCUAAUAGAAAUCAAUUGACUAGAAUGAAUAAGAAACCAGAUUAUGAUUCUCAAUCGUUCCAUAAGGAAAUGACAAAUUACCUUUGUAAAUCAUUAAGAGAAAUCUCUCAAGAUGUAUUAACAAAUAAAGUAGAAUUAAAUGAAUAUGGUGCAAUGCAUCUAAUUACAGCAUUCAAAGAAUUAUUAUUAUUUCAAGAAUCUGUAGAAAUUUGGAAAUCUGCAAUUAAUGGAACAAACGUUUAUACGUCAAAUAUUUUCUUAAACCCAAGAGUCGUGGGUGUCAUUUUACCAAUAUUAUAUGAUAAUGGUGUCUCAUAUCCGGAAAUACAAUCAUUAUACGAAAAAUCAUCAUCCAUGAUUAAUUAUUUCCAUCCAAAUUUAUCAGUAGGUAUGAUUAGAGCAUCAUUAUCCGCUAACGAGAAUGAAAUGGCUUUGAAACUUUUCCAAAAAUUAUGUGAAGAAUCUACUGAAAUGAAAUAUGGCUAUUUGAUCGAAACUCAUCUUUCAUUCAUUGGUGAAUGUAAAGAUUUAAACGUAGCUCAAACUUUCUUCGAUAAGGCUUUAAAUGAUGAAAUGCCAUAUAAGAUUGAUUUACAAGUUUCAUAUGUGAAAUCCUUUUUAAGAAAUAUUUGGAAUCAAACUCAUAAUUUUAACCACAUUUAUCAAAUUUGGUAUAAAUCUUCUUUACAUUACGGUAGAAACGUUAAUCAUGGUAUCUCAUCAUCAUUAAAUGAUACUUUCUUUGAUAUAUUUUUCGAAAAUUAUUCAAAUGAUAAAUUGGAAGGUUUUAAGACUUUACAAAAUUUAAUUCAAACUUAUAAUAAUAUUAAAAAUAUUGAUGAACCAUUCUUUAACAUUAUCUUGGCAAAAUGUACCAUUUGGCAUGAUCGUAACAUUUUAGAAUAUAUUGAUAAAAGUUACGAACAUUAUCAUAUUCCAAAAACAAUCGUUGCCUUUAGAAUCCUAUUGAAAUCAAUGGGAUCCAUUGAUGAUGCAAAUAAUUUGGAAAUUUUACAAAGAUGGAUAGAUUUAAUUAAAAAAUCUGAUGAAAUUGGUCAAAGAUUCAUCGCUAAUGCUGAUUGGGCUGCCUUAAGAGACGCAACCGUGACAUGGACACAAUUCAAAAGAGAUCAUGCUAAUGAUAAUGGUAAUAAUUUACCAACCAUUUCUUUAUCAUCAACUACAACCAGUACAGGUUACAAUACACCAAUUCCAACUACUGGUCAAAAUACUCCAUUGAGAACUCCAGCUAGUGAACCAAACACAAAUAACUCUGGUUAUUUACUUAACGUUGCUAUAACAAACAGUAUCAACAAUAAUAAUAAUAAUACUAAUAACCCUAAUGGCAACAACAAAAACAAUACUAAUAAUAGUGCAAAUUCCAAUACGGAAUAUUAUUCACAUCCAGCUUUGCAAGCAGCAAACGCAUCUGGUGCUUUCGAUGAUAUCGGAAAUGAUUCCUCAGAUCAAGGACAACAACAACAGCAACAGCAACAGCAACAACAGGAAACAGAUUCAUCCGCUCCUCCAUCAUCUUCAAACACCAUUGACGCAAGAAUGGUUUUAUAUUUGAAGAUCGUGAAACGUUUCUCUCUUUAUUGUCGUGAUUCUAGGCAAUUAGCUAGAUUAACCACAGGAACUGCUGUUAAAUACUCCGUUCUACAAGAAGUCUUAAAUCAAUUUCAAUCGUUAGUUGUUAAUGAUAUCCCAAUUCCUGAAUUACAAAACCUGAAACCAACAUGCGUAUAG